GCUCCAACAAAUGAGUGUGAAACAUAGAGUUUGUAUAAUUUCUUACUUGUAUAUUUGUUCCUAGUGAAGUAUACUCAAUUCCAAUUUCCAUAUAUUUUUUGUUACGGCGAAAAUGGCAAGCAAGGCCUUGGCAUGUUCAGCAACUACUCUGGUGUCAAGCAGGGCAUUUACCAGCCCGUUGCCUGUUGGGUUGAUCCCGCAACCUUCUGUGGUAUCGGCUGCUCCAUCAAAGAAACCUUCUUCAAGGUCGUCUUUGAUGGUCCGUGCCCAACAGGCUGGUGGGCAGCCUAUUGACCCUGUCCAUCCUAUGACUGGUGAACCCUUUCACAAAAAGGUCGCCCUCCUUGAAACCUCUCCUUACGUCCGAACUCCCUGGAAUACUAGUGAGGAUGAACACGAGAUCAGGAUGUGGUUCGACAUGCCAGGAACUGCAGCAGAAAACAUCGAGGUUGAAGUGGUGGAUAACUUGCUAGUGAUCAAAGGAGAAGGUGGAAUUGAUGCUUUUGGAAGAAAGAUCUUUAGCCCCUAUGAUAGCAGGGUUCAAUUGCCUUCGAAUUCAUGGAACGAAGAGAUUACGGCCGUGUUUAAAAACGGUGUUCUCUACAUUACUGUGCCAAAGAUAACCAAAUUUGAGCACAAAAUCAUCCACAUUCCAGUUAGAGCUGCUUAAACGUAACUCGUUACACAAGCUAAGAAUAUUAAUUGUCUCUCAAUCUGUCUGUGAGAGAAGUUAUCUUAUGUUUAUCUUUUCAUUGAAACACUAUACGUAAAUAAAAUGCUUUACUUUGUUUGCAAUGUUAUUAAUCAGUAUGGUUCAAUUACGAUAGUGUACGAACAACAAGGGUUCACAAACUUUAUGUCAUAAUAUAAAUUUGAAAUUGAUCUAUAUGACCCAACUUAAUGUAUGAAUGAUGAUCAAUAUUAUUAUA